UGCAAAUCAAUUGGAAAACAGAAGAAUCAAAUUCAAUAAAGUUUAAUUUUUUGAAAAGUGAAUCACUAAAUCAAAGAUCUAAAUAUGGCAAUGUGCAGAGAGUGAGGAGGUGACAUCAGUGUUCCUGAACCAGGCAAGAGAGUUGCACACAACCAGAUCAUGGCAGUUCCUUGGGCUGCAAAGCGAAGACGGCACAGUCCGCCAUGGUUCCAUUUGGGAAAAGGCUAAGUUUGGACAAGAUACCAUCAUCGGCAAUAUCGAUACCGGAGUAUGGCCUGAAUCAAAAAGCUUCAGCGAUGAAGGGUUUGGACCAGUCCCGAAAAGAUGGAAAGGAAUUUGUGAUAAUGAGAAUGAUAAAAGCUUUCGCUGCAACAAGAAACUGAUUGGAGCUAGAUACUUCAACAAAGGAUAUUCCUCUGAUGCCGGCACCCUAGUAAAUAAUUCCAGGUUCAACACACCAAGAGAUCUUGAAGGUCAUGGCACUCACACCUUAUCAACAGCAGCUGGUAGUGCUGUCCCAGGGGCAAAUAUAUUUGGGCUUGGCAAUGGAACAGCAAAAGGCGGCUCACCCAAAGCCCGGGUAGCUGCUUAUAAGGUUUGUUGGCCUCCAAUUAAAAAGGGCGCGGAAUGCUAUGAUGCAGACAUCCUUGCUGGCUUUGAGUGGGCGAUUCAUGAUGGUGUUGACGUGUUGUCUGUAUCGGUUGGUGGAGACGUGGGGCCUUAUUUUUCAGAUGGUAUCGCCAUUGGUUCCUUUCACGCGGUCAAGAACGGGAUUGUUGUGGUUGCAUCAGCAGGAAAUUCAGGACCCGCUGCCGGUUCUGUAUCCAAUGUUGCACCAUGGAUCAUCACCGUAGGGGCGAGCACCAUGGACCGACAGUUUCCACGCAGAGUAGUCUUGGGAAACAAAAAACAUUAUGAUGGUGAGAGUAUAGCACCACAGAAACUGCAACGAGGCAAGUUCUAUCCACUUGUUUCUGCAACAUCUGCCAAGAUUGCGAAUGCAUCUGUUUCGAGUAAAGAUGCUCAGCUUUGUUUGAAUGGAACUUUGGACCCGAUAAAGGUGAAGGGGAGAAUAUUGGUUUGCCUUCGAGGUGGGAAUGGCCGGGUUGAGAAGAGCCAUGAAGCCGCUUUGGCUGGUGCUGCGGGAAUGAUUCUUGCAAAUGAUAAGAGUUCUGGGAAUGAGAUUGUUAGUGAUGCACAUUUUAUCCCAGCUACACAUGUCACAUACAAAGAUGGACUUGCUAUCUUUUCGUACCUUAAUAAAACCAGGAAUCCUAUAGCUCGCAUUACUGAUCCGAAAACACGGUUUGGAGUGAAGCCAGCUCCAGUCAUGGCAGCUUUCUCAUCAGUAGGCCCUAACACUAUUAACCCCGAAAUUCUUAAGCCUGAUAUCACUGCCCCUGGAGUGGAUGUGAUAGCUGCCUAUACCGGAGCGGUAGGACCAUCUGGCGAAGACUAUGAUAAGAGGAGAGUCCUAUUUAACUUAGAAUCAGGGACUUCAAUGUCAUGCCCUCAUGUUGCUGGUGUUGUAGGCCUUCUCAGAACUCUUCAUCCUUCCUGGAGCCCGGCUGCAAUCAAAUCUGCUAUCAUGACUACGGCUAGAGUAAAGUCAAACUCAAUGAAGCCAAUAACCGAAUCAACUGGACUGAAUGCAACCCCAUUUGGAUAUGGGGCUGGACACAUUAGGCCAAACCGUGCUGCGGAUCCUGGAUUGGUCUAUGACAUGCAACUCGAAGAUUAUGUUAACUUCUUAUGCGCACAAGGCUAUAGUGAAGCUAACAUGAAGGUCUUUCUUGGGGCAUCAUACAAGUGCCCCCUCAGCCACUUCAGCACCUACAACCUCAACUAUCCUUCCAUCACUAUUCCAGACCUCAAUGGAACGGCCACCGUGACUAGAAGAGUGACAAAUGUUGGUGGCCCGGCUACAUAUACGUCGUCUAUCCGUAGCCCGAUUGGGAUCUCUAUCACUGUUCAGCCGAAAACACUUAAGUUUGAAAAGGCUGGGGAGGAGAAAACUUUUAAGGUUACUCUCAGGGCAAAUGGAAAAGAUGCUAGUAAUAAUGACUAUAAAUUUGGGUUGCUGAAAUGGUCUGAUCAGCACCACUAUGUUAGAAGUCCUAUUGUUGUGAAAGCUACUUAAUGAGUCAGCCUACACUGCCCUUUCUAUGCUUCAUGCAUUAUUUGAAUAGUUUAUAGUUUAUUAUGCACUCUGUGUUUACUCUGUUUUCUACAAAUAGUUGUCACAUAAAAUUUAUCAAGUGGUUUACAUAUUGUAAUUUACAUAGUAUUAUUUAUUUGACAAUAACAUUAAAUACAAGUUGAAGCUCUUAGUA